AUGCACUCAAAAUGGAAGAUGCAAAAAUAUUACCCGGAGAUCAACGAUUCUAUUCUUAAAGCAUUUUAUGGGUCGUCCGAAGAGAGCCUUUAUUGGGAUGAGAAGCACUGGGAAAGAUUCGAUCGAAUAGACCUCAAUGAUUUUUUUGUUAAAACGCAGCCAGAUAUUGAGAUACAGAAUUGCCUUUUCGACGGGGUUCCGUAUACCAAGUGCAUUUCUGUCCCUCCUUCUGAUACAUACAGUAAAUCGGCUUGCGAGAUGGUUCAACUUAUUCGCGAAAUAGUCGAUAAAUGCAAUUGUCAACCAGAUUAUCUUCAUAAUCUUCCAGAGAGAGAUUUCGUCCAAAAAUUUGCGUGCUCAUUCUUUGACAAUGCAAAAUGCGUCGCGCAAAGGAUCAAGCGCUAUGUAAAAAAACCACGGGCAUUGAACAGAACCUGUCUGCCUGCCUGCCAGAGCUACGAAUUCAAGCCAGUCACCAUUCAAUACGAAGAGCCGUCGAAUACAAGGAAAGAUACAGACCAAUAUUUCAUGAGAGCGGUUUUACGUACAACUGAAGAAAAAGUUACUUUCGUAGAAGAACAUUCAACGUACUCUACGAAUAAGUUCGUCACCGAUGUCUUAGUUUACUUAGGACUUAUUCUAGCACUAACUGCUGUGUGCAUGCAGUGCUGGGGAAGAAAAAGUGACGGACGCAAAAGUGGUGGAAAUUUUUCUCUUUAUGAUGAAUCUCCCAUUAGGAAAUGUGAAAAAAUUAAGAGAAUAUUUCUCAUUGUUUGGAAAUAA